AUGGAAGCUGAUGCAUGUCGGAACGAACGUCUCCAAACUAUAGUGACGUACUUGCCAAGUGUAAAAGCCGAAUUGCUUGACCUUGCAAGAACCUGUUGCCUUGAAGAUCAGGAGUCUUCCAAUUUGGCCAAAAUUGAGGCAAAAGCACGUCAAGACAAUGGCGUUGAGUUAUUAGACUACUUGGAACAUCGAAUUGAGGAAUUGAAGGUUAUCUACCAACAACACCGACGCGUCUACGAGGCCAUAGCAGCUUUUCAGACCUCUUUCAGUGCCCUUCAACAGGUAGAACAGAGACUCAAAGACCCAUCAAUCUUAAGUAACCGAGGUGGAAUUUUACUAAAAACCGAGAAAGAGAAGAAACGAUUGUUGAAGGAAGUCGAGAAAUCGGAGAGAGAGACUUUAGCUGCGAUUAAUGAGUAUGAAGCGGAGAAGGGUCAACCCUUUGUUCUAUCGAACGGCAAAACUUUCGUGCAGGCCAUCGAGGAGCAGCGAAUUGCAGCGGCAGCCUCUACGCGCGGAAGUAGAUCUUCCAGUGCUGUCGGACGUAGACCCUUUUCUGGAGGUCAUCCUGCUUCUCAACCGUGUUAA